GGGGGAUGCCAGCCCCGGGGCAGCGCGGAGGCUCCAGCUGAGCGGAAAACGCCAGCCCCGGGGAGACCCCCUCCAGCCCCCGCCUCAGCCCCGCCGGCCCCAUGGCGGGGCGGGCGCCGCAGCGCAGCCUCCCGGCGUCGGCGGCCGCCGUGCUCCUGCUCUUGCCCAUAGUUCUUCACUGUGAAUCUUCUGUGAACCUGCCCUUGUCUGUUCUGCUGGAAAAGUACUGUGAAGCUUUGUCAGCCCGCACCAAUGUCACAGGUCCGUACUGCAAUGCCACCACCGAUCAGAUCGGCACCUGCUGGCCCAGAACCUCUGCGGGGGAAUUGGUAGAGAGACCCUGCCCGGAGUUCUUCAACGGGAUCAAAUACAACACCACGAGAAAUGCCUACAGAGAAUGCCUGGGCAAUGGGACAUGGGCUUCCAAGAUCAACUACUCUCAGUGCGAGCCUAUUCUGGAUGACAAGAGGAAGUAUGCGCUCCAUUACAAGAUUGCUCUCAUCAUAAACUACCUGGGGCACUGUAUAUCAGUAGGGGCCCUUAUAGUUGCCUUUAUGCUUUUCUUGUGCUUGAGGAGCAUCAGAUGCCUGCGGAAUAUUAUCCACUGGAACCUGAUCACCACCUUCAUCCUGAGGAAUGUGAUGUGGUUCCUGCUUCAAAUGAUAGAUCACAACAUUCAUGAAAGCAAUGAACCUUGGUGUCGAUGUAUUACCACUGUCUACAAUUACUUUGUGGUGACCAAUUUCUUCUGGAUGUUUGUGGAAGGCUGCUACUUACACACUGCAAUAGUGAUGACUUACUCCACAGACAAGCUGCGGAAAUGGGUCUUCCUCUUCAUAGGAUGGUGUAUUCCUUGCCCGAUCAUCAUCGCCUGGGCCAUUGGCAAACUGUAUUAUGAGAAUGAACAGUGCUGGUUUGGAAAGGAGCCAGGGAAAUAUAUUGACUACAUAUAUCAAGGACCAGUGAUUCUUGUUCUCCUGAUAAAUUUUGUGUUUCUAUUUAACAUAGUUAGGAUUUUAAUGACAAAGCUGAGAGCUUCAACUACUUCAGAAACAAUACAGUACAGGAAGGCAGUCAAGGCCACGUUAGUCCUUCUGCCUCUGCUAGGCAUCACCUAUAUGCUCUUUUUCGUCAACCCUGGUGAAGAUGACAUUUCCCAGAUUGUCUUCAUCUAUUUCAAUUCCUUCCUGCAGUCUUUUCAGGGUUUCUUCGUGUCAGUGUUCUACUGCUUCUUGAAUGGCGAGGCCCUUUCUGCAGACUUGCUUCCUCGGCUCUGCGCUGCUCUCUUUGGCCGUGAGGCACCCACCGUGGCUCUGUGGGCUCUCACCUCCCCUGUUUGCGACGCUGCUUGAAGGCAACCGGGGAGAAGCCUCUUGGAGUAGGUGGCGGCGAGAUGGAUUCAGCGAAGAGAGAGAGAUUGGACACUGCACCUUGUGGAAGUUCACGGCAGGACGUCUGAACCAGCAGACUGGCAGGAACAAUCCAGUUUUUUUCCUCCUUUUUUUCCUUCUUUCCUUUCCCCCCCACCCUGCAUUGUGGUGAACAAAGACUGUUUUUAACAGGCUGCCCACCUCACCCUGUACAUUGAUUCCUAAUGAUUCCAACAGUUUGGUGUGUAGGUAGCCUGUCUCCUCCUGGUUCCUUUGUACAGAGUUCUCUGCAGAACUGGCAUUGGAGAAUAUGUGGCAGCGAGGGAAAAAAGAACAUCUGAGAGGUGGUGUGAAAAAUCUGGAGUUAUCUACCUUCCCCUUCUCUCCUUUCGAGGCGUGGGGAGUUAGGCAGGUCAGCGUUGGGCACUUUGCCUUGGAAGAGCCAUGCCCUGUUCACACACACCAUCCUGAGAAGGACAGCAAUAUCUUUAGAUAGCUCUUACUACCAUAUCCUUAUUCCUCUUAGCCCCACGCUUUUGGCACAGUGUAAGUAGCCCUUGGGAAGUCUUUGAGUUUUCUCAGCUAAGAGGGUGGGGGUGGGGAUGGAGAACAGGAGCUGUUUUCUGGGUUUAAAAGGGAAGUGCUGUAAAACCACUGAUGAGAAGAGGAUGUCGGCGUUAGGAGGGUAGUGCUACAUGCUGCACAAAGAUUAUCCUUUGAGCAUUUUGAACUAGAGCAGAUGUAUCUACCAGGCUUUUUAUGUGAUGUUCAAAAAUACUGUAUAUUUUCAAGAAUAAACACUACUCUGGGUUGGUUUCAAUAAAA